CAGCCCAGCCAGCUACCCUAUAUUGGUUCCGUCUUCCCGUCAAGCUAUUGUCCUCAUUAGGCAAUGUCCGGCAAUCCCGCAAAGGGCCGAGCCGGCUACUGAGCGACAAGCCGGAGACCGGGAGCUCCAUGGGCCUCCGAUCUCGGCAGGUGGGGUAGAACUUUGGUGGUUGAGGCGGGGCAGCAUUUUACCAGAGAGCAGCAAACCACAGGAAACCCAAAACUAAACACAAUCACACAAGCUUGUUCAGACCGCCUAGAGCAUAGCAAUUGCUGCACCUUUGAGCGAACUCCCGACAUACACAAUGGCUGAACACAAGAUUGUCGUCCUGGGCGGUGACCACUGCGGUCCUGAGGUUAUGGCCGAGGGUAUCCGGGUCCUGAGAACCAUUGAGGAGAACAAGCCCAGCGCUGGCAAGUUCAUUCUCCAGGAGCUCCUCAUGGGUGGUUGCUCCAUCGAUGCCCACGGCACCCCCCUCACAGACGAGACCCUCGCCGCCGCCAAGGCCGCCGACGCCGUCCUCCUCGGUUCCAUUGGCGGUCCCAAAUGGGGCACCGGCGCUGUCCGCCCCGAGCAGGGCCUGUUGAGGCUGCGCAAGGAGAUGGGCACGUACGGAAACCUGCGCCCCUGCUUCUUCGCCUCCGACUCCCUCGUCGACUCCUCGCCCCUCAAGGCCGAGGUCUGCCGCGGCACCGACUUCGUCAUCGUCCGCGAAUUGACCGGCGGCAUCUACUUUGGCGACCGCAAGGAGGACGACGGCUCUGGCACCGCUUGGGACAUGGAGCCCUACUCUCGCCCCGAGAUUGAGCGCGUUGCCCGUCUCGCUGGCUUCCUCGCCCGCGGCCGUGGCGAGAAGAAGGUCUGGUCGCUCGACAAGGCUAACGUUCUGGCCACCAGCCGUCUGUGGCGCAAGGUCAUGACCGAGACGUUCGAGAAGGAAUUCCCCGACCUCAAGGUCGAGCACCAGCUCAUUGACAGUGCGGCCAUGAUCAUGGUCAAGAACCCCACCGGCCUCAACGGCGUUGUCGUCACCAGCAACCUUUUCGGCGAUAUCAUUAGUGACGAGGCCAGUGUUAUCCCUGGUAGCAUUGGUCUCCUGCCCAGCGCUAGCUUGAGCGGAAUUCCCGACGGCGAGAGCAAGUGCAACGGCAUCUACGAGCCCAUUCACGGCUCUGCCCCCGAUAUCUCCGGCCAGGGCAUCGUCAACCCCAUCGGCACGAUCCUAUCCGUGGCCAUGCUCUUGCGCUACUCCCUCAACCUCCACGUCGAGGCCAAGGCAGUCGAGGAGGCUGUGCGGGCUGCCCUCGAUGGUGGGCUGCGCAGCAAGGACUUGGGCGGCAACGCCAGCACUAAGGAGGUGGGCGACGCUGUUGUCAAGGAGCUGGCUCAGAUCCUCAAGGCUUAGAGCGCCGGAGGGUCGGAGUUUAAGUUCCCAGACUUUGGGUUUUGAAGGAUACAGAGACCAAGGGAAUGCCAUGUCACUGGGAUGUAAGGAAUCGUAUACAUGGCUGGCUACAAGGCCUGGUUGGGGAAAAUCAGUAAAAGCAGUCAUACUUGAAUAAUGAACAGUUCUCAAGGAUCCGUUAUCUGAGCUCCAUCUGUCUACGGUUUAAAUCCUGGAAAUUUGACCAACCUUACCAUUGACGGUAUGGCAUAAAAGCCCUAUUGGAACGA